AUGACGAAAAUCGUGGGGACUUUAGGUCCACGUUCUCGAUCGGUUGAGGUUAUUUCCGGUUGUCUUAAAGCUGGAAUGUCCGUUGCUAGAUUUGAUUUAUCAUGGGAACACCCUGAGUAUCAUCAAGAAACUUUGGAGAACUUGAGAGCAGCCGUCAAGGCAACCAAAAAACUUUGUGCUGUUAUGUUAGAUACUGUGGGUCCUGAGCUCCAGGUUGUUAACAAAAGUGAGACUGCUAUCUCACUAAAAGCAGAUGAAACAGUGAUCCUUACCCCCGAUCAAGGUCAGGAAGCUUCUUCAGAAGUUUUGCCCAUCAACUUUGCCGGACUUGCUAAGGCUGUGAAAAAGGGUGACACCAUUUUCAUUGGCCAGUAUCUGUUCACAGGAAGCGAAACCACCUCCGUCUGGCUGGAAGUAAAUGAAGUGAAAGGUGAUGAUGUUGUUUGCAUAAUUAAGAACACUGCAACGCUUACUGGGUCCUUAUUUACACUUCAUGCCUCUCAAAUUCGCAUUGAGCUACCAACAUUAUCUACUAAGGAUAAAGAGGUUAUUAGCACAUGGGGUGUGAAGAACAAAAUUGACUUCAUCUCACUUUCUUACACAAGGCAUGCGGAAGAUGUUCGUGAGACUCGUGAAUUCUUAUCUAAACUUGGUGAACUCAGCCAGACACAAAUCUUUGCGAAAAUUGAAAAUGUAGAGGGCUUGACUCAUUUUGAUGAGAUCCUUCAAGAGGCUGACGGCAUCAUACUUUCCCGUGGAAAUCUGGGUAUAGAUCUUCCGCCAGAAAAGGUUUUCUUGUUCCAGAAAGCUGCUGUCCACAAAUGUAAUAUGGCUGGCAAGCCUGCAGUUGUAACUCGUGUUGUUGAUAGUAUGACAGACAAUUUGAGGCCUACUCGUGCUGAAGCAACAGAUGUUGCAAAUGCUGUGUUGGAUGGAACUGAUGCAAUUCUUCUCGGAGCUGAGACUUUGAGAGGUUUAUACCCCAUUGAGGCUGUUUCAAUUGUAAACAAAAUCUGUGCUGAGGCUGAGAAGGUUUUCAAUCAAGAUCUGUAUUUCAAGAGGACUGUGAAAUAUGUUGGAGAACCCAUGAGCCACUUGGAAUCUAUUGCUUCCUCUGCGGUACGGGCUGCUAUUAAAGUUAAAGCGUCAGUGAUUAUCUGUUUCACUUCUUCUGGAAGGGCUGCAAGGUUAAUUGCCAAGUAUAGACCAACCAUGCCAGUGCUGUCUGUUGUCAUUCCUCGACUGAAGACUAAUCAAUUAAAGUGGAGUUUUAGUGGUGCAUUUGAGGCAAGGCAGUCGCUUAUAGUACGAGGUCUCUUUCCCAUGCUUGCUGAUCCUCGGCAUCCGGCUGAAUCUACAAAUGCAACCAAUGAGUCGAUUUUGAAAGUAGCUCUUGACCAUGGAAAGGAGUCAGGAGUAAUCAAGUCACACGAUCGAGUUGUGGUUUGCCAAAAAGUUGGAGAUGCAUCUGUCGUAAAGAUUAUUGAGCUUGAAGAUUAG